GUUAGAUCCAUCUAGAAAUACCUCGAAUUAAUUAGAAUAAUGUCUGAAUUGCAGUUGGUCAUUUUAAAGACCGUAGGCGAACAGGGGUCUGUUGCCAACACACUUGAUGUGCCUGUUCUUGCCAAGGAGGAAGCCACCACUCUCCACUCUGCCUUGACAUCUCUUUGGGCCAAGGAGAUGAUUGAGUUCUCCAAAUUGGAAACUGAACAAUGGGUUUUAACCAAGGAAGCCGAAGAAAUUGUUGCUGCCGGAUCCCACGAAUUCCGUUUGCUUGAAGAAGUUUUGAAGUCCUUGGAUGGAUUGAAGAUUUCUGAUGUCAACUCCAAAUUGGGACAAGUUGGUAAGUUGGGACAAGGUAAGGCAUUCAAGAACGGAUGGAUUGCCAAGGACGGUGACAAGUUAGUUGCCAAGGUUGAAACCUUGCCAGAAGAUGCUGCUGUUACCCAGUUGAAGACCAUUGCCGAAACCGGUACUCUUUCUGAAAAGAAAGAUCUUGCCGAAUUAAAGAAGCGUAAGCUUAUUUCCAUGAACAAGAUUGUUGGUUUCAAGAUCACCAAGGCUGCCAAGUUCGCCUUGACCAUCACCACCUACGAGACCGAUAUCACCUCCGAAAUGGUUACUUCCGGUAAGUGGAAGGAUGCUGAAUUCAAGCCAUAUAACUUCAACUCUGAAGGUGUCUACCCACAAUCUGGUGCCUUACAUCCAUUAAAUAAGGUUAGAGAAGAAUUUAGACAAAUUUUCUUCUCUAUGGGAUUCACUGAAAUGCCAUCUAAUCAAUACGUUGAAACCGGUUUCUGGAAUUUCGACACUUUAUUUGUUCCACAACAACAUCCAGCUCGUGACUUGCAAGAUACUUUCUACUUGAAAGACCCAGUCAAGGCCGGUAAGCCAGAUGACGAAGAAUACUGGCAAAACAUUAAGAAGGUCCAUCAAGAAGGUAAGUAUGGUUCCAUUGGUUACAGAUACCCAUGGAAGGAAGAUGAAUCUUUAAGAAUGGUGUUGAGAACUCAUACAACUGCCAUUUCAUCCGCCAUGUUGCAUCAACUUGCCAAGGAUCCAAAGCCUUGUAGACUUUUCAGUAUUGACAGAGUUUUCCGUAAUGAAGCUGUCGAUGCCACUCAUUUGGCUGAAUUCCAUCAAGUUGAAGGUGUUUUGGCUGGUUAUGACAUCACCUUGGGUGACUUGAUUGGUUUCAUGGAAGAUUUCUUUGCCAAGAUGGGUGUUCAUGGCUUAAGAUUCAAGGCUGCUUACAACCCAUACACUGAACCAUCAUUGGAAAUCUUUGCCUACCACAAGGGUCUUGGUAAAUGGGUUGAAAUCGGUAACUCUGGUAUGUUCAGACCAGAAAUGUUGGAACCAAUGGGCUUGCCAAAGAACUUGCGUGUUUUGGGUUGGGGUUUGUCAUUAGAAAGACCAACUAUGAUCAAAUAUGGUGUGAGUAACAUUAGAGAGUUAUUGGGACACAAGGUUUCGUUAGACUUCAUUGAAACGAACCCUGCUGCUAGAUUGGAUGAGGAUUUGGUGUAAUUGUAUAGAAAUAAAGCAGAGACUAAAAGGAGGAAGAAU